UUUAAAAUAGAAAAAUAUAGUUCAUUUUGUUACAUGCCAAAAUCUUUCGAUACACUUACAAUUAGGGUAUUUGGUAUCAUUUAAAAAUAUGUUUUGAUGUAUCUUUGUGUGUUAAGUAUUUUCUUAGAAGGACUUACAGGUUAGGUUUAGGGUAGGUUUAAUUCCAGUUAGGUCCUCAAGAUUUAUAUAUAUUCUUAAGGUGUUUCAAUAUUUUGUCCACAUCCAGUGUAGUCUAGGUGAUGUUUUAAAUACUUCAUAAAUUUAACGUUUGAUUGCAGAUAUAUGGUUGUUUGUUUUUAGCCAGUAAUGUAUUUGGACCUUUGCCAGUAUGACGUUUCCACUAAAAGCAAAAGUAAAACUAAAGUUGUUUCUGACUUCCUUAAUUUAAUACAUGCGAGUAAUUUAUAAUAAUGUUUAACUUAUAGUGUCUUAUAUUGCUUGAUAUAUGUCCUUCUUUGGAGGCAGGACUUAAUUUUGCUAGAUUGAAAACACGUCUGUGAAUAGUGACGCAUCUGCAGAUAAACAGAAGUCUGUAUUUACCUGAAUAUUACUGCAGUCCAGCGAUGGAGGACAAAUGGUCUUCAUGCUCUUGUUUCAUCCUCUUGCUAUUCCAACACGUCAGUGUAUCCAGACCAGAAAACUAUGAGGUUCUUGGUCCAUCAGACCCUGUUGUGGUUGCAGCCGGUGAAGAUGUGGUUCUGCCAUGUUUUCUCAAGCCCAAUAUCAGUGCUGUGGACCUGGAGGUCAGGUGGUUCAGAAAGGACUUCACAGAGUAUGUGUAUCUAUACCAAAAUGCGAAGAACAUUAGUACAAAUCAGAUCCCAUCUUACAAGGACAGGGCAUCGCUGUUCCCAGAUGAACUGAAAAAAGGAAAUGUUUCAUUAAAGCUGAAAGGAGUACAAAGUUCAGAUAGCGGCCGGUAUAAAUGCUUUGUUCAGUCUCCAGAAUCGCACGAUGAUUGGUCCAUUAAUGUGAUUAUCAUGGGAACCCAGUCAGUGAUCUCCAUUGAAAGAGACGGAGGCAGAGGAAUUAGUUUCAUGUAUGAGCUUAAAAGCUGGUAUCCUGAUGCUGAAGUUACCUGGUUGGACAGUGAAGGUCAAAAUCUUAAAACUGAAUAUUCAGAGACACACAGAAGCGGAGAUGGUUCUCUCAGUCUGAGAGGACGUGUCAUUGUGCAGGAGAGAGACAAUAACAGGUUCACCUCUCGAGUUUUACAGAAACAGCUUGGUCUGCUGAGAGAGGAGGUCGUUGAAAUAUCUGGUGAGAUGUUUCACCAUGCCUAUCCCUGGAAGGUGGCUUUCUGGUGUCUUCUUAGUGCUUUUGCAUUAACUGUAAUGGCAUUUUUAAUUUCCUGUAAAAAAAUGAAAAGGAAAAAUGCUCAGCUCCAGGAAACGAGAGCUCGGCUCAACACAACGAAAGCUCGGCUCAGCACAAUGGAAGCUCGGCUCAGCACAUCGGAAGUUCAACUCUGGCAAACGGAAGCUCGGUUCAGCACAACGGAAGUUCAACUCCGGCAAACGGAAGCUCGGCUCAGCACAACGGAAGCUCAACUCCGGCAAACGGAAGCUCGGCUCACAGAUAAGGAAGCUCAGCUCAGCCAAAUGCAAGAUCACAUCUCAAAAAUACUAGACUUUGAAGUGAACCUAAAAAAUGCAGUUGAUGUCACCCUGGAUCCUGAUACGGCAAAACCCGAGCUCAUUAUCUCUGAAAAUGGGAAAGAAGUCACAUAUAGAGGCAAUAAUCAGAACCUCUCCAGCAACCCACUGGGAUUGAAUGACUUCGGCUUUUAUGACUUACGGUUUGAUUUAUACCGGUUAGGUGUUUUGGGGAAGGAGGGGUUUACCUCAGGUAGACAUUACUGGGAGGUGAUGGUUGGGAAGAAGACUGAAUGGGCAUUAGGGGUUGUUGGGGUCACAGAUGGGAAGGAAUAUGAAUCUUCUUGGGGUAUAGGCUUGAGUCAAGGUAGGUACCAGGCUUUCAGUAAACACUGCAUGAACCUCUAUGUGAAUAAAGAGCCAGAGAAGGUGGGGAUAUUUGUGGAUUAUGGAGAGAGGCAAGUCUCCUUUUACAAUGUGGGGGCAAAGUCUUAUAUUUACUCUUUCUUUGAUUUGGAAUUCAAAGAGGAGCUCUAUCCAUUUUUCAUACCUCCAUUGAAACGGGAUGAGGACAAUUUAGCCCCACUGAUCAUAACUCCUGUUCAGGACCCUGAAUGAAUUUUGUUUCCAGAUUAUUUUCCAGUGUUCCGAUUUAGGAAAAGUAUAUUUCAGUUGCUCAUUUAAUUUUAGUGCAGUAAGUGUAGAUUGAAUCAUCGUGUCACGAAAAAUAAAUAGUGAGUACGGAGUGCAGUGGGUUAAAUGUGUUCUCUCACAAUUCCUGAAUAAUCUGAGUAAGGGAUGCAUUUAGAAUGCAGUUAAGGAGAUGAAUAUGUACAUUACUGAAGACAAAAGGUUGUGCGUGUUUAACCAUGUUGUGUGUGUUUAACCAUUUCCUUUGUAAAUAUAAUUACAGAUGUAAAUAUCUGCAAAUAUGUUUUUUUUUUUAAAUCAAAUAGAAUUCAAUAUGCUUAUCUGUUGUUGCAAUAUAUAGUAAAUGUAAAUAAUUUGAUAUUGAAGUUUUUAAAUAGAUCUUUAGAAAAAAAAACUAAAAGUUAAUAUAUGUAAAUACAAUUGUUCCAGAGAGUGUUUUGUUUCCUGCUGAAUUGCUUUGAAUCCUGUCUUUCACAAAUCAUUAACAAUUUCUUCUUAUGAUUGUCUUUAAUAUUAUUCAAGUGCUUUUUCUUUAUUUUUUGCUUGUAAGUGGAAGUAAUAAUAAAUGAUAUCUCCAUCUUCCAA